AGAAGCAGUAACAGGCGCGCAGCUACUCAACCCGUACGGCACCAACCCCACGUAUCGUUAAACAACCACUCGUAGCCAUCAAAUUAGUCCCCUGUCUCUCUCUCUCUUCGUCGUCGUCGUCCCGCUUUUAAGCGUUCAAAUACAAAGUUUAAAAGGGGGGGUGGGCAAAGACACGAUGGCUUCUGCGGUGAAGAAGGUCGUGGUGUUCGGUGCCACGGGCAUGACCGGCUUGGAGGUGCUGCCGCAGGCGGUCAAAGCCGGCUACACGGUAACGGCAUUCGUGCGCAACGCGGCGCUGCUGCCGGCCGGAUUGGCGCUGGAGGUGGUGACGGGCGACGUGCUGAACCCGGAGGAUGUGAGCCGCGCCGUGGCCGGGCAGGACGCCGUCGUCAUUGUUCUGGGCACGAGGAACGAGCUCGGCGCCACCACCAUGAUGUCGGAGGGCACGCGCAACAUCGUGGCGGCCAUGAAGCAGCACGGGGUGCGCAGGGUGGUCGGCUGCAUGUCCACGUUCUUGCUGUGGGAGCGACCUCGCGUGCCGGCGCGCAUGCUGCCCGUCACCGAAGACCACGACCGCAUGUUCAGCGUGCUGCGCGAGUCGGCCCUCGACUGGAUCGCCGUCAUGCCACCGCACAUCGAUGGCAACCUCCCUCUGACGUCGGAGUACACGGUGACGGUGGGCGCCAUGGGCGGCCGCGUCAUCUCCAAGCACGACCUGGCUCACUUCUUUGUGCGCUGCCUCUCGUCCGACGAGUACGUGGGCAAGGCCGUGAGCCUGUCUCACACCUAUGCUCCCGCGUAAGAGCCGCCCUCCAGCCCCGGAUCAGCUCCGGCCCGGGUUCCCAUCCGAAUCGGCUCGGGCAGCCCAGACCGGCCGACUCUGCGGAAGGCACCCCGGCUCAACGCAGUCCAGCCAACAGAGCCACGACGCAGCCCAGCUGGCCUGGUCAUCUUUACAAGCCAGCUCAGGCUGCCUUGCCCACCCAACACACAUGGUCCAGUUAAAUUCCCCACCCCCUGCCACUGCCUCAGCCUACCCAGGAGUUCAAAUAGCCUCAUCGGCUGUACAAGCUGAUGCAGGCCACCACAUCCCGAACAAGCCCACCUAGCACACCUCGCGGCAUCACUCUCAGGCUGGCCAGCGUCUAACCAGCGUGGAAGAGAAGACCAAAUACCCCAUAUAGGGGGCUCACUCGAGCUCCCCUUGAUGGAGGCUGUACCGCCAACGGUGGUGCGAACGUGUCAUUGCAGGGCUGCAGCUUUAUCGUAUGUAGAUUGGUGAAACAAAUGGAAAUUACUCUCUUGGACGAGCAUUUCAAUUUCGUAUUAUUACUGCUACAAUUUUCACAGAAGCCGUAUUCUGUACGUGCUUAUUCUGUACGCGCUUAUGAGUAAAAUCAUUUAUCUUGUUCCUCUCAUCAAAUUCAUGCCAAGGUCUAUUCAAUCGCCUUUCCCCUCUCUUGAGACGGAGAGAGCUCACUCUCCGUAGACGCAGUGUUUUGGGUGCUUGGGCCCUUCCUCUCCCCGUGUUGCUCGCCCCCACGGCGUCUCCAGCGAUUGCCAAUAAAUCUUCGUGCACAGUC